UGGUCUGUUCCAAUUCCACGUUCCAAUACGAAUUUUUGCAACCAACGGAAAGAGUUCAACGACGCAACCAGCUUCCAUCUUUUGUGAUCGAUCGCAGUAACUUUUGUUUUGAUUGAAUCGAGAUAGAAAUGAAUCAGGUUAUCCAGGAUAAGUUCAUUCCCCAGCAGCUGCUCUAUUUUAUUGCCGGACGUCGCUGUUGCCAACAAUUCGCGUGCACAUACCGAUCCGCCGAGCACGAUGUGAUCGUGAACUGUUCGCGCGCUUUGGGGCUCCGCUCUCAGGUGGUGCAGCACAAUGGCCAGAGCUGUGUCAAGGUCUUCAAGCAGGCAUGUCGCCACUAUCUGGAGGAGCCCAAGCAGUUGACCUUGACAUCUCCCUCCCUUACCAACCUCUUCACACUAAUGAGUCGGGUCACAAAUGUGGCCAAGGAAGAUCAAGAAUAUGCUGCCGAGUACAGCAGCUACCGCAUCAGCGGAUCUGACUUGCCACAAAUCAACAUUCCCUUGCCGGCCAUUCGUCCGCCUCUACCUCGUUUCAAAACCGAAGCCCAGCGCAACUUCCUGAACAGCUUCCCGGGACAUCAGCUCUCGAAGGACAUACUGCAGCUGAUGUACGCCCAUCGGCUGGUCGUCUUCAAUGCUAAUCUGUCGUGGGACAAGUCCAUGUUUGUGCCGCUUCUGAUUCUGGACGAUUGCGAAGUUAAGAAGUCGAACGUCAAGAUCAUUUGCAUAGAAAAGGAGACCAUCAUUGCCACCUACAACAGUCACCGGAUGGCGGAGUACUUCGGCGAGCAGGUGGGCGAAACCGUCGGGAUCCAAUUGCCACACUCCAGUAGCGUCAGCACCACUACGCACAUCAUCUUUUCGACGGCGCAGUACGUCCUGCGAUCGCUGGCCGGCGGGCAGAACUUCCAAAACAUCAGCCACCUGGUGGUGAACGAUGUCCACAUGCACGAUCCCUAUACAGACAUAUUGCUCACGGAGCUAAAGAACGCUUUAAAUACUUGUCCAAAUCUGAGGAUAGUGCUGCUCUCCCAAAUGCCAGCCGCCGAUAAGUUCCUGGCUUUCUUCGAGGAGGGAUGUGAGAUGAACAGAACGGAAAUCCCGCAGACCGAGACUCGAAUCUCUUUCCUGGACGAGAUCCACAGCUGCAUUGCCUUGGCGGGCAUCCACAAGGGUCCCGAUAUAUACAAGGAGAUCCCAGAGGUUUUCCGGACCAAGAGUCAGCGCAACGAGCAGAUGGACAAGUGCCUGCAGGCCUACGAGGAGCUGGGCACCGAUGCCUCCAUUCGUCCCUUUCUGUAUGCCAUCAACUAUGACCUGGUGCCGGUCAACUACCGCCACUCGGUGAAUGGAAAAACUGCUGUCCUAAUCGCCUCCCAGCUGAACAACGCCAAUCAUCUUCGUUUGUUGCUCUUCAUGGGCGCCGAUCCGUACAUCGUGGAUGAGCAGCAACAGAAUGCCAUUUCUCUGGCCGCCUCCAAGGGGAAUAACGAGUGCAUCGAUGCUUUAAACAACUACAGCCUGCACGGAUAUGUGGUCAAGAAUGCCAAACCGGAUUUUGUCGACUACGAUCUCAUAAUAGACAUAAUGUACCUGUUGCUCACGAAGCCGGAGUUUACACCAGGCAACAUCCUGAUUAUUAUGCCCACCUACUACCAUAUCGUUAAGCUAAAUUAUAUGCUUCUGAGCCACUGCCUGACUGGCAACCUGCAGGAGCUCUCCAUUUUUCUGCUCCAUGAGAACAUGAGAAAGGAUUAUAUAGACGCCUUGAUCAAGGCCCGCAGCAACACCGUGAAGGUGGUCCUCACAACGGAGAUCAUUGAGUCGUUGCCCCUGAAGGUGCCCUUUAAGUACCAAAUAGACAGUGCCUGCCGGCUGACUCCAAUGUAUGAUAGCACCAACUAUUCCAUCGAAGAUCGUUACGAAUGGGUGGCCAAGGACUGCCUGGCGCGAAGAGAGUUACUCGUGAAUACUGAAGCUCCCGAUUCGCACUGCUUCCGGCUGAUCUUCAAGGAGGCCUACGAUAGCUUGUCGGACACGAGCACACCCCCGCUUCAGACCAUGUACUUGGACAGGAUCUGUCUAUUGGUUAAGUUCCUGUCGCCCCAUAAGAUCAUCGGGGAGUACCUAGACUUUACAAUCUCGCCGCCACCGAUGAUAAAUGUUCACCACAUUGUCCAGAUCCUCAAAAAGAUCGACGUGCUGGACGAGUAUGAGGAUGUCACUUGGCUGGGUUGCCGGCUUCUGGACAUCCCCGUUCCAUGCCAGCUGGGUCGUCUGCUUGUCUUCGGCAUUCUUCUGCAGUGCCUUGAUCCUAUCCUCACCAUAGUGAGCUCGCUCAUGACAGCCGAUCCUUUGGGCAUUCCCUUCAACGAGGACAUCGACCACCUGUGGGACAGGUUCACAAUCUUCAUUCAGAACCGGAUCAAGAACGAGCGAGCCCGCCUGGCCGACAAUCAGUUCUCCGAUCACUUCAUUUUCGUACGUUUAUUUCAGGAGUGGCAGAGCCGCCUGAAGAACAAGAUCCCUCCACUGCAUCUUACCGAUGAGUACGACUUUGUUUUGAAUGGCGUGAUGGAGCAACUCAACAAUACUCGGAGCGAAAUAGUUAGCUCCUUGCGAGCGGCCAACCUAGUCCACAGUCGGGGCCAGCUGAGCAUGCAGAACCUCAACCUAAUGUCCUCCAACUGGCACGUCGUCAAAGCCGCCCUCACUGGCGGCAUGUAUCCCAAUAUCUGUGCCGUGGAUGUGGGAAAGAAUUGCUUGAAAUCCGUCUGGUGCUCUAGUGUCCACUUGCAUCCCAACACAGUGUUGAGGGAUUUCCUGGAGCCAUUCAAUACAUCAGCUCUGAAUUUCCGCUCUCCGUGGAUACUUUGCAAUAAACAGAGGAGCCACAUACUAUACGCCACGGUAGUGGUUCCUCUGGCAGUAGCUCUGUUUGCUGGUCCAACUAGACUCCGCUUGUCCCAAAUAUCGGAUACCCAAAGUAACUCUCACGACCGCAACGUUAACAUCUUCAUAGACGAGUGGAUCUGGAUGGUUAUGUCCAAUUCCAAUGUCCAACUGAUCAUGAAAACGCGACAGAGCUUUUUUAAAUUGUAUCACGAUUUGCUGAAAUUCUGCACCGACCAAGAACGGUGGCGCAUCGAUUCUCCCAAUGACGGCAACUUGGCAUUGAUGGCCGACUCCUUGGCAAAGGUCUUUGAAAGCGAGGACACCGCGGUUGGGUUCGCCAAACCUCCACCCAUAAACUAUCGUCCUUUCGUCAAACUGCCUCCUCUGUAUCUGCUGACGGUCAAUGCCCACUUCAGUUGGAUCCAGGAGAUUGAGGACAGCUUAGCCUUGUUUCAAAAACCACAGCCGUUCAACUCGCACUUCGUCGAGAGGCAGUUCUUUUUACUUUACACGGAAGAGUCAUCCGAGGACUUUUAUAACAACAGUACUAGUACCUAUAUUGAGAAUGUCCUGGGAAAGUUUGCCCGGCCCAUCGAGUCUCCCAAUCGGCAUAUUUUUGUAAUUUUGUACAGCAAGAAUCCGGACGUAAUGAUCAGUGUCAGUCGAGCCAAGACUAUUAAGGGGGAGUUCACCCUGAAGGAGUAUUUCCGUAACUGCAUUGGAGUGUAUGAAAUUUUAGAAGCAUGUAUCUCGUUGAAUGUCAAUGUUCCAGUGUUUGAUGGUCGCUUGAUGUCCUGCCUGAUUGACAAAAGAGUCGGAAAUAUAAUCAUGCACCUGUUUGCAUUCCGGCAUCAUUGGAUCCAUAAGCGAUAAGUUGGUCUCAGGACCUUUGUUUCAUCCUUGUAGUACCACAAGUACAAUGUGUUCUUUUUAUCACGCCAAAAUCAAAAUAUCACCUUAAGUUUAAAACAUUCAAGGAUCAUUGAAAGAAAUGUGUCUUUUUAAUGUACUUAUUUGUAUAUUUUAAGUUGUAGGAGAGAGAAUCUUAUAUAAUUUUGGAUCUUUUCCUUUUAAUAAGCAUUUAAAUGAUGUAUUUUAAAAUGGUAAUUGCUUUGAUAUCAGUUUAGAGAAUCAAAAUACCCAUUAUGUUGCUGUGAAAAUGUAUUUUGAGAGUAAAUUGGUUGACCUGAAACGGUCCAUCCACCAAAUAAAACAAUAAAAACAUAA